CGAUCGAGCUGUGCUGCGGCCAUCCAUCCGCCUAGGAGCUCUGGUAACUACCUACCGCUUCGACACGAGAGAAGGCCGACAAUCGUCUCCAACGAACCUGACGGGCAAUACUAUCGUGAAGCUCCCGUCGACACCUGGUGCCCCCGACGACCCCCCUAUUCAUGCGUCAGGGCACACACACAAAGGCAUGCAUUGUAACGGUCGCCUGUGAUGGUGGGUCGCACACAGAAAGAAAGACGGGUUGAUGCAAGCUUUCUCAACAACCGCACCGGGGCAGUCACUGGCUCGCAGUAAGUGAAUGGAUGCGCAGCCGACAAUAGUCGAAGAAAGAACCCAGAUUCGUCGGUGUGGUGAGUGGCAUUGACGACGACUGCCGUGGACGAAAAGAGGCGACGAUAGGCUCUCUCACUCUCCCUCUCCCUCCGCACUUUCUUGCUGAACGACGGACGAGUUGUGGCGGGGCGUCACACAUGCACCCAAAAAAUUCGCUUAGUCACCUCAGCGCAGACCCCCCGAAAUUUGUCCUCUGCGCCUGGCAACCGCGCGACUCCUUACACGUCUCCCUUCAGCGACGGACCUUCUACCACUAAUAAUCGCCAACACACUCCGACCUUCUCGCGCCGCGCACCGUCGACAUACGGCCCGUCACUCCUUUCCUCCCCCUCCCAACCCCCCAAUCGCCAGUCUCGCCCGUCGAUCUUCGAGCUUUCUUCGCGACCCGACCCGACCCAACCCUACUCCAUUGCCCGCCCGCACGCACGCCCCCACCGCUUCGCAACCAUGACGCGCGCCCAGCAGACCGUCUCCCUCGCCCUCCUCGUCUCCUCUCUCUACUUUGCGCUCUACCUCGGCCUCAUCCCUCUGCCCGCCCUCGUUCAGGAGCAGGUCGUUCCUCUGCUGCCCUUCUGGGCCCUCGUCAGCUUCGGCGCCCUGCUGCUCUUCCGCCUCGGCUGGGGCAUCCUCACCUUCAACGACGUCCCCGAGGCGAGCAAGGAGCUCAUGGAGGAGAUUGAGCUGGCCAAGACGGAGCUGCGCACGCUUGGCGUGUCGGUGGACUAAAUGCGGAUUACGACCUGCGCACCGGUAUGGUUGAGACGAACCGGUUAUUCUACGAAUUCGGUCAUGGACGAGAAGCGAAGAGUGGGAAUGGAAGAACCUUAAUCAUGCGGGCUCGGCGCCCUGCGGAUGAUGCGCGCAGCUACAUUGCCAGCGUCCAUACACAACCAUAUACUCCAUGUCGCCGUGUCAUCCCGUCGUGGCUCAUUACAACUCCUGCGCGCCUAUGCUUUGGCCAAAAGCGCAACCACUGUUUCCACAGCUGACUCGGCUUCCUGGCCGCCGUCAAUCAGAUCCC